UCAAGUAGCAACGCAAGAACAAACAUUAGAACUUGUUGAGAGUGAGGGGAGAAAAUUGUGAGAGGAUAUUCGGUCUCUCCAUUAAAAUUUCAUGUGUAGUAUUCCACUAUUUAAAGAGGUCGACAACAAAACUUAAUCUGUGCAUAUCAUAUAAUCGGAGAAUUUUGUUAUCAUUCAAAAAUUAAUAAUCAGGAAAGUUUGUAUCAUCAUCAACCAAAAUGAGGCUAUUUACCCUUCUAAUACUUUCUAUCAUAUUACUCAAUCAAUUGAGCCUUAUUCUUGCAGACCUUGGUACUGCUUCUUCUUAUGGGCCUCCAUAUAUACCAACUGCUUGUGACGGAAAUAGGAGAGAGCAGUUUCCUCCAGGAAAUAUAUUUGCAGCAGUGAAUGAAGGGUUAUGGGAUAAUGGUGCUGCAUGUGGAAGGAGAUACAGAAUAAGGUGUCUGAGUGGAAUCAAUAAGCCAUGCAAAGAUGGUAGCAUUGAUGUUAAAAUUGUUGAUAUUAUUUCAUGUUCAAAGCACCCUUGCUUCCAAACUUUCCUCUUGUCAACUCAAGCCUUUGCAGCCAUCUCACGCUUCCCUAAUGCAAAUAUCAAUAUUGAAUAUAUGCAGAUAUGAUAUCACAUUCCAUUAAGAGACCAUCGCUGAAUUGUUCAACAAAAUUACAAAGGAGAAUUAUACAUGUGUGAAAAUUGACUGAAUAAAUGUACACAAUAUUAUAGCUUUUAGUCCGUGAGCAAGAUUUUGAUUAUAAUAAGAGUAUACUUUAUGCACUUUUGACAUGUACUGUAUCAAUUUUUCAAUGACAUAAAGAUUAUUAUUGCAUCUUAA